GAACAGACAAGGUAUUGAGUCACUAGAUUUUACUAUCUAAACAAUAGAAAUGCUUAGUAUUUUUUUCACUCUUUGCCUCUUCAUAACUGUUAAAACCUCUACAAUCACGGAGCUUCAGGUACAAACAGUUAGGCAGGGACAUAGCAUGGCAAUUAAAUGUGACCAAAACAAGGUCAAAGAUAGCAAAAGUAUUUUAAUUUGGUAUAAGAUGAGUUUAGGAAAGUUGCCUCAGCAGGUUGUGAGAACAACUGAAGAUGGCACAAAACACAGAUUUGCUCCAGCAUUUGACAAUGACCACUUCAAUGUUUCUCUAAGUGAAGAAAUGUUUGACCUCAUUAUUAAUGAAGUCUCAGAAGAUGACAUUGGAACAUAUUUCUGUGGAACAGUGACGGCAAAUCUUGUAAAGUUUGCAUCUGGGACCCUUCUGCUAUUUCAAGCUGAAAAGAUCAAGUGGCAGCUUCAGACUGAAAUGGUUUUCAAGAACAGAGAAUAUUCUACAGUCCAGUGUUCACUACAUGCUGUUAAUGAGAGUUGCACAGAAGAACACAGUGUCUACUGGUUCAGACAUGGCUCAAACAAAUCUCACCCAAGAAUUAUUUACAGUCAUGGCAACAGGAGUGAUCAGUGUAAGACAGACUCUAAUGCUGGAUCUCUUACACGGACUUGUGUCUACAACCUUCCUAGGAGUUACACCAGACAUUCUGAUGGUGGAACUUAUUACUGUGCUGUGGCUGCAUGUGGGGAAUUACUCUUUGGAAAUGGAACUAAAGUUGAUGUUGAAGAAAAUACCAGAUGGAUUGUUACUUUUUUGACAAUAUGUUUUGUGAUGUCUGUUAUUAUCAUCUUGGUUCUGGGUGGACUGCUAUGCAAGAACCAACAGCAACGUUCAAGACAAGGUCAAGGUCACUCAAGACACACAAGUAAGGUUGAAGACACAGAUGGCUUGAACUAUGCAGCUUUGAGAUUUGCUCAGAAACUUUCUACCUCUGGAAUAUCCACAGUUAUGAACAAUUCAGAUGUUUAUGCUCAGGUCAAAAUACAAUAGCUAAUUGAAAUGAGUACAUUUUUAUUUUCUGUUUAAUGCUAUAUUAGUCUCUCUAUUUACAUGCAACAUGACAGCCAUGAAUUGGCAAGAAAACUGAAUUCCCAUUGAUUCUAGACUUGUUUCAAAUACAACUCAGAUGAGCCAGACAAAGUCCUGUGUUGACAGUGUGAUAAACAUUUGAGGUAACAAAGCAUGAUUAUUUAAGGUCAUUAAAUCA